AGGAGCAAAGCCAAGUUUCAGAUGGAACCCAACACUGGAGUAACAUUUGACGAUGUAGCUGGAGUUGAUGAAGCAAAGCAAGAUUUUCAAGAAAUUGUGGACUUCUUAAGAACCCCAGGAAAAUUUGCAGCAGUUGGGGCAAGAAUUCCCAAAGGGGUGCUUUUAGUUGGGCCACCAGGGACUGGGAAAACUUUGCUGGCCAGGGCCAUUGCUGGAGAAGCAGGAGUACCAUUCUUUUCUCUCUCUGGAUCAGAGUUCAUUGAAAUGUUCGUUGGAGUUGGGGCUUCAAGAGUGAGAGAUUUAUUCAACAAGGCAAAGGAGAAUUCACCUUGCUUGGUUUUUAUUGAUGAGAUUGAUGCUGUUGGAAGGCAGAGAGGAGCUGGCAUUGGUGGAGGAAAUGAUGAAAGAGAACAGACUUUGAAUCAGUUGCUCACGGAAAUGGAUGGGUUUACAGGAAAUAGUGGAGUCAUUGUCAUUGCUGCUACUAAUAGGCCUGAAAUUCUUGAUCAAGCUUUGCUUAGGCCAGGAAGGUUUGACAGACAGGUCACUGUAGGACUUCCAGAUGUGAGAGGGAGGGAAGAAAUAUUAAGGGUUCAUAGUAACAACAAGAAGCUUGAAACGGACGUUUCUCUUAGUGUGAUUGCAAUGAGAACUCCAGGCUUCAGUGGUGCAGAUUUAGCUAACCUAAUGAAUGAAGCAGCCAUUCUUGCUGGUCGCAGAGGCAAAGAUAAGAUCACAUCAAAAGAGAUUGAUGACUCAAUUGAUCGAAUUGUGGCAGGAAUGGAGGGAACCAAGAUGACUGAUGGAAAGAACAAGAUUUUAGUAGCUUAUCAUGAAGUUGGACAUGCUGUUUGCGCGACAUUGACUCCAGGCCAUGAUCCAGUACAGAAAGUCACAUUGAUUCCUCGGGGCCAAUCCCGUGGUCUAACAUGGUUCAUUCCUGGUGAAGACCCGAGCCUCGUCUCUAAGCAGCAACUAUUUGCUAGAAUAGUCGGAGGUCUUGGAGGUCGGGCAGCUGAGGAAAUAAUCUUUGGUGAACCAGAAAUCACUACCGGUGCAGCUGGGGACUUGCAACAAAUAACUCAGAUAGCAAGACAGAUGGUAACAAUGUUUGGAAUGUCUGAGGUUGGGCCUUGGGCAUUGAUUGAUCCAGCAGUUCAAAGCAGUGAUGUGGUACUGAGGAUGCUAGCAAGAAACUCAAUGUCAGAAAAACUUGCAGAGGACAUCGAUACAUCUGUGAGGCGUAUUAUUGACAACACGUUUGAAAUUGCAAAAAUGCAUGUAAGGAACAACAGGGAGGCAAUUGAUAAACUGGUGGAGGUGCUACUAGAGAAGGAGACCCUCACAGGAGAUGAGUUUAGAGCAAUCCUCUCAGAAUUUACAAUUGUUCCCUUAGAUAAAAUUAAGAAAACCGGUGUCCGUGAGAUGAUUGAAGCUUAAGUAACCUCAUCAAUGUACAGUUAUUAAGAUGAAAUAGUUCAACAAUGCUAUAUAUAAUACAUGAACAGUAGAGGAAAACAAUAUCA